AUGAAUAUUUAUUGCCGACAAACUCAGCCUGGAAGAAAACACAGAAAAAUAAUUUCGGGCUUCGAAAUUGAAGCACAAGAAGAACUUUUGAAUUGCCAAAGGCAAACCAGAAGACCGGGACAAGACAACAAGCAAGUUGUAAUCAAAUGUGUCUGGGAAUCCGGACAAGACAAGCUGAAACUUCUUGCAGUGCAGGAUUUUCCACAACUGCGAUUACAGUGA